CUUUGCAAAGUUUUUUAAAAAAGUAUUUCCACUAAAAGUUCCAAAAAUGCAGGAAACAGGCUCUUUCCUCUAUAAUUGUCACUAAUUUUCCUUCCCAAUCAUAGUUAAAGCUGAUUUUAACCAAGAUAAAUUAAAAGAGUUAGAAGAAGGGCUGGCCAUGUCCCUCCAUAUCGACUCUAACUCCCACAAGGCCUGAAGAGCAAAAUUCCGUCUGGGAAUGAUGGGAGUUGAAGUUCACGCGGCAGAGGGAUUGCCAGGGCAGAUAACGCAUGCGGGGCAAAAAAAAAAAAAAAAUGUUAUGAGAAGUGGCGCAUGCGCUCUUCUUUUCCUUAAGGGGCGCAUGCGCGCCUCUGGAGGCGGGAAGACCCGAACGUGCGGCGAUGUGGCGAGUCGUGCUGGCCGUCGGACUCGGCGCGGCGCUCGAGGCGCUGCUGGGCUGGCUGCUGAGGCGGCGGGCGGCGGCGCCGAGCGAGGUCAUCUUCUUUCCCUCGAGGGUGACGUGCACGGAGGAGCUGCUGGCCGGGGCGCCCUGCGCGUGCCCGCUACCGCACGGCGAGAGCGCGCUGGCCCGUCUGCUGGCGCACGUGCUGGCGGCGCGGCGCUCGCUCGACCUCUGCCUCUUCGCCUUCUCCAGCCCGCAGCUCGGCCGCGCCGUCGCCCUCCUGCACCGCCGCGGCGUCCGCGUCCGCCUCGUCGUCGACGCCGAUUACAUGGCGCUGCGCGGCUCGCAGAUCGGGCCGCUGAGGAGAGCCGGGAUUCAGGUACGCCAUGAUCAGGACAGUGGCUACAUGCACCAUAAGUUUGCCAUCGUGGACAAGAAAGUGUUGAUCACGGGCUCUUUGAACUGGACCACGCAAGCAAUCCAGGCCAACAGAGAGAACGUGCUGGUGCUAGAAGACCAGGCUUUGGUGAACAUUUUUCUAGCAGAAUUUGAAAAGAUUUGGGAAAACUACAAUCCUGCUAAUUAUACAUUUUUCUCUAAACAUGAGAAAACUGGGAUUGAAAAUGGAUAAAGCUAAUUCUGGGACAAAAAUACAGCAUGACAAAAAAAAAGUUUGGGAGCAUUUGGUUCAAAAUUUCUCGUGUUAUUUAAGGACAUAAUUAUCUUAAAAGAUAAGAAGCAAGUCAAGAAAUACACAAAUAAUGUAUUCCUAAGUGUUCAGUAAAUUUACUUUCCAACUUGAAAUAGACUUUAUUAAGAAGGGAUUAUUGCAGAACAGAAUACAAAGAUGGAAUUGUACACUGAUCUUUAUAAGCACAUUUCCUGCAUUUGGGAAGUUAACAUUCUAAGAUGUUACCUUUAAUCUGUGUACUUAUACGGAAUCAGGUCUCGCGUCUGAACUGAAAGAGAGAAAGGGCUCAGGAAGGCUUAAGAACAACUAUCUUAUUUUCCAAAGAGCAGUUAAGUUGGGAGUCCUGAAUUUCUAUGUGUUGCUUGUUUGAUUUGAAUUCUGGAAUAUAAGAAUUAUAAGAACCUGCAGCAAAAAGUGGAGAGAGGCAGAAUUGUCUCACUGCAUGGUGUAUUGCAUUAGGAGGCAACAUCCAGCCAUAAGUAUGAUUAGUUUAAAUAUUUCUCUGUGUCAAAAGAUAUUCGGAGCGAUGGCUUUAACUCUUGCUGUUACUUAAAAUUAUAUUACUGAUGAGAAAGAUUCCAAGAGAACUCUUUGAAGAAAUGGAGGUAACUAUUAAUAGCUAAAUAUAUUGUCAGGUCUUAAUACCUCUGUUUGUUUAGUUUUUCUAAUGAUUAAAGCUGUGGUUCCAGAGAGCAAGCGUGAAUGGAAUUAUUGUACCACAUUGGGACUCUUUAACAGCCAAGUUAUGAAAUAACUACACCUAUCUUUAAGAGGGUCUGGAGUGGGGCAGUUUGAUCAAUAUUUUAUUUUUGCGACUUCCAUUUCUCCUUUUUUUGCCAUACUUGGAACAGUUCAGCAGCAUAUACUCUGUUCCACGUAUCAGCAAUUGUUACAUUUAUGGGGAAGCCAGCAUCAUGACCCAUGACUUAUAAUAAAAUCACAUUUGAGCAGUAAUUCUGAAGGCCGUGUCAUCUCCAUCUACCAAAAAAAUCUUCAUUACAGCAUACCAAGGGUGGUGCAAAAAUAGUUUAUUAUGAUAUAAUUUUAUGUAUAGUUAAGUAAUUAUAUUUACAAAAUCAUCAGCUACAUCCAUGGGAACCCUAGCAUGUCACAGAAGGUUUGUAAGGAAUAAAUACCGUGACCGAAGUGAUACUUCUACAGUGAACAGCUGAAGAGGGAACUAGCUCCCUUAAAAGCAUGAAAAGACGCCAUUCAGAAACUCACUAAAUUCAAAACACAUUCGUUGAGAAAAAGAGAGGACGCAUUCAUUGUUCAGCAGCUAAGUUUGCCGGGACUCCCACGAGUCCUCUUGGUUUGAAUGGACUGUUGGUUGACACCUGCUCUCCAAAUGGACUCUUCUUACACCCUAAAUUUUGCCGGAAAGUAUGGAUUAGAGCAGUGUUUCUCAACCUUCGCAACUUUAAGAUGGGUGGACUUCAACUCCUAGAAUUCUUAACAAGGUUGAGAAACACUGAAUUAGUCGUCCCCACACUGAGUUCUCAGAUGACCUGGCGAUCCAAUCAGCUAUGGUCAGCUUGGUGAUGCUGCUCACGUGGGACUUAAGACACAGACAUGGUGGCCUCAGAAAUCUUCUGAAAUAAGGCAGUCACGAGUAGCCCAUGAAGAUGGGCCUCCUUGCAGUCUAUGUGCACAACCUCCCACUCCCUCUCCUCCAGGUUCACAUAGGUUCAUGUGGUAAGAACAGAUCAGCAGGCUCUUCGGCUGCUCAACAACAAUGGCAUGUAGACAUUUAUGUGUGGUUGUUCCUUACACUGAAAGUAGUGAUAGUGUCACUCCAUUGAAACAAGGAAAUAACACCUAUUUCUCAUCACCCAGAUCCACUGUUAACAAAUUUUAUUGACUUAUGCAGAUUUAUGGCAUAGCUAAUUCCAUGGCAAAACCAAGAUUUUCCCUUAGGUACUUUAGGACUAUUUCCCAGCUCUUGUGGUCAGUCACCGGCUCAAAUUCUACCAGCAAGGGUAUUCUUCCCCUCUGAAAACACCACUGGAGUGUAUCAUACCGUAACUUUAAAGGGAGACAUCAAAACUACAGCAGCUGUAUACUGCCAUGCUGUGACCACCGUGCAGAAUGGCAUAAUUCAAAUUUAUGGACAGUGAGAAGCAACAUCGACUUAAUUUCCUCGGAGAACUGAACUGCUUGGUUUAAUCUGCCAUAGGGUUAACGUGCAACAAUAUGGUGUACCUUUGAUGACUUAAGAGAUGCUACCAUCACCAUUGGUCAGUGAACAUGCAGUGAAUGCUCAAUUUAUUGGACCUUCAGUCGAUCAGAUAAAAUCCAUUGGCCACUCUGCAUACAUACAAUCCUAUUCGUUAUUUAAUGGACAUUCAGGUCUAACAAACACCUUCCUAUGAGUCCAUUAAACUGAGUUUACUGCAACAUAACUGCAUAUCCCGGGUUAUUUGCACCACUAUCGUUACAAGCUUACUGAAGUGAAUGAGGAAGAAAACUACUGUAUAGCAAUUAAGUUUUAAAACACUGUACAUAUUUUUCUUUGGAGAAGCAUUUCCAAAACUAAAAAGGAUCAGAGAAAUUUAAAAAUAUAUUUAUAGCAUUCAAACCAACCAACCGACAUUCUGUAAGGGAACAAAGCAGGAUUUCAGGUUACACUAAUUUCCUUUCAAGUCCAAAGGAAAUCCGUAUAAGAACAAGAUUAAAAAAAGAAAGUCACCCCAUAAAA